CUGGACUGCGGGCUUGGCGGUCUGUGUUGAAACGGACUAUCUAUUCUCCCGGUAUGCUAUACUGUACUUUUUGUAUGCGCGAUACGAGGGACAUGGGCAUUGUCAUCUUCUUCUCUUAUAUUGGACGUUUUUUGUUGAUGAGAGAUUGCAGGCACCUAGUUCCAACACUUAACCAAGUCUCUUUGAUUGCCAAAGUGGUACUCCCUUCGCUCGGCAGACGAAGAGCAAAUCCCAUGGUAUUACUGUACUCUACUCCGCUGCGUACAACACAGCCAACUGCCAAACAACCCACAUCCAAAGCUAUCAAGACUCGGAUACAGUGCUUCAAUUACUUUAUAGGUGAACAGACACCUCAACGCCGAAAUUGAAAUGCCCCGAACAGAGGAAGCAGAACACUGGUUCAACGCCGUCUACGCCGCCGUGCGCGAGAUCCCGCGGGGCAAGGUAACCUCCUACGGGCACAUCGCUCUCUUACUAGGUGAACCAAAACGUCCUCGCCAGGUUGGGAUCUGUUUAAAACACCUCCCGAGUCCAGAGAGCGGGGAGUAUUUCAACGGCGGGAAUGUGCCGUGGCAGCGGGUUGUGAAUUCCAAGGGGAUGAUUUCGCAUCGGUAAGUGCUACCAGGCUCCUUAUCCGCUUGUCCCAUGCAUUGGUGGUCUUGUUUUGUAUUAUGGGUGCAAUAAUUGGAAUGAAGAGUUGCGAGCUGAUGGGUGUCUGUUAGCGGGCCUGGGAGUGCAGCGAGACAGGCAGAGGCUCUUCGUGAGGAGG